CCCAGCUUCCGAGGGGAGAAAGCGGGCUGGCGAGGCUGGGGACCGGCGUCUGAGCCCCUGGAACGGGGACGCGACCACGGUGACCGAGCCUGACCCGGCUACUAGGGGUGGCCCUUAAGACACGGCCUCAGCCACGGGCUGACCUUCAAGAGGCUGGCUGAUUGCUCAGUGAAUGUAUGUCACAUAGAAGACCAGGGUGCUCCUGCGGUUGACCCAGCCCAGUAUGCAGCCUUGAGCUUGCUAGAGGCCACCACCUACUCCAGCUCUCUACGUGGCUGGGGGAGGCACUAAGCAUCUCCUCACCAAGGAAGAACUGCAGCUCCAGAGAGCUUGGGAAUCCUGCUGUCAGCUCUCGGAGCAGACAGUAUGGCCAUUACCCUGCAGCCCAGUGACCUGAUCUUUGAGUUUGCAAGCAACGGAAUGGAUGACAUCCAUCAGCUGGAAGACCCUUCGGUGUUCCCAGCUGUGAUCGUGGAGCAGGUACCCUACCCCGAAUUACUGCAUCUGUACUCAGGACUGGAGCUGGAUGACGUUCACAAUGGCAUCAUAACAGAUGGGACCUUGUGUAUGACGCAGGACCAGAUCCUGGAGGGCAGCUUUUUGCUGGCAGAUGACAAUGAGGCCACCUCACACACCAUGGCAACCACCGAAGUCUUACUCAAUGUGGAAUCUCCCAACAACAUCCUGGAUGAGAAGCAGAUCUUCAGCACCUCCGAAACGCUGCCCGACUCAGACCCUGCUCCAGCCGUGACUCUGCCCAACUACCUGUUCCCUACCUCUGACUCUGAUACCCAGAAUGGGGCAGGUGACACUGGUGACCAGGAAGACCAGUCUGUGGAGGAGAGAGCCUCCAGAGACGAAAGUGCCAAGAAGACUGGGAAAUCAAAGAAGAGAAUCCGGAAGACCAAGGGCAACCGAAGCACCUCACCUGUCACGGACCCUAGCAUCCCCAUCCGGAAGAAGUCAAAGGAUGGCAAAGGCAGUACCAUCUACCUGUGGGAGUUCCUCCUGGCACUUCUGCAAGACCGAAACACCUGUCCCAAGUAUAUCAAGUGGACCCAGCGAGAGAAAGGCAUCUUCAAGCUGGUGGACUCCAAAGCCGUGUCCAAGCUGUGGGGAAAGCAGAAAAACAAGCCUGACAUGAACUACGAGACGAUGGGGCGGGCACUAAGAUACUACUACCAAAGAGGCAUCCUGGCCAAAGUGGAAGGGCAGAGGCUGGUGUACCAGUUUAAGGAGAUGCCCAAGGACCUGGUAGUCAUUGAAGAUGAGGAUGAGAAAACUGAAGCCCCAGAAGCACCCCCUCAGGCUGCCACGUCCUCCACAAGCUCCACCAGAAGACCCAGCUCCAGGGUGUCAUCCAAGACUGCCCCUCAGGGCAAGGGUGGCCCUGCCUGGGAGAAGCCAAAGGUCCAGCACGUUGGUCUGCAGCCGUCUUCCAGCCUGGAAUUGGGACUGGCUCUGAAUGAGGAGACCCCAACUACCUCCACGAUGCUUGUCUCGCCGGCAGAGGGCCAGGCCAAGCUUACCAAGUCCGUGAGUUCUUCGGUGCCCAGCAACAUCCACUUAGGAGUGGCCCCCACAGGGUCGAGCUCAGCUGUGACCCUGCAGACCAUCCCACUGACUACGGUGCUGACCAACGGGCCUCCUGCCAGUACUACUACGUCCACUCAGCUGGUUCUUCAAAGUGUUCCAACCACAUCUUCCACAUUCAAGGACACCUUCACUCUGCAGGCCUCCUUCCCCCUGAACACUAGCUUCCAAGAGAACCAGGUGGCUGCAUCAGGGGCCCCGCUGAUUCUCAGUGGCCUCCCUCAGCUUCUGGCUGGGACCAACCGUCCAACCAACCCAGCACCACCCUCUGGCACGGCUGCUGGACCAGCGGGGCCCAGCUCUCAGCCCCCUGGGACUGUGAUUGCUGCCUUCAUCAGGACUUCCGCUACCACAGCAGCCCCUGGGGUCAAAGAGGGGCCACUGAGGUCCUCCUCAUAUGUGCAGGGCAUGGUGACUGGGGCCCCUGUGGAGGGACUGCUGGUUCCCGAAGAGACCCUGAGGGAGCUCCUGAGAGAUCAGGCUCAUCUUCAGCCACUUCCAACCCAGGUGGUUUCAAGGGGUUCCCAGACUCCGAGCCUUAUGGGAAACCAGACUUUCUCUCCCCCCAGCCGCCCCACUGUUGGGCUGACCCCAGUGGCUGAACUUGAGCUCUCCUCAGGCUCAGGGUCCCUGUUAAUGGCUGAGCCUAGUGUGACCUCAUCUGGGAGCCUGCUGACCAGAUCCCCAACCCCAGCCCCCUUCUCUCCAUUCAAUCCCACUUCCCUCAUUAAGAUGGAGCCCCAUGACAUAUAAACAAAGGGGUCAGAAGUAUAACGCAUGAGGUGAUGCUGAGCAGUAGCUUUCCACAGACUGACUCAUGUAGUGUACCUGCCCUUACGUUUCCGUGGGAGUCAAUACACCUGAUCCUCAGCCCCCCAGGCCUGCCUGGCAUAGCAUGGCCGAGCUUGGUUGUUUGAGCUGGCAUCAGAUCGCAUCCCUGGCAUCAGAUCGUGGCCUUCAGGAGCACAAGCGGAUGUGCUCUUGGUAGGAUAAUGGGCUUGCUUGGUGAUGUAGGGAAAACUCCUGGAGCCAGGGAACAGCUUGUGGCCAGGACUAGCACAGGAACUUCGUGAGAAGAGUUGGGCCUGACUGCAUCUCACUAUCCACAGUCCCUGCAGAGGGAUUUACUAUCCCAUAUGUGAAUAUCUCUGUAUGCAUCUCUCUGUGUGUGUACUUGUGGGUCUCUAUCUUCCUUUUUUGGGGGGGAGGACUAGGGUGUAGCUAUGCGGUCUUGUCUUCAAGCAUAUGUGUGUGUCUUCUGUGGGUCAGCCGCAGAGAUGGGGAUCUUUCUGAAGGGAAAACAAGCUCUAGUGCCCAAGACUAGGUUGCUCUGAGGCUAUGGGGUACAGAUUAGAACCCCUAGUCUAUAGCUGUCACAGAGCUGGAUCAGAUCCAGGUAGGACAGCUGCAGUGGGUGCACCUGUUGGAGAAGACACACUGCUGGGGGACAGUAAGGCUAGGUGGGGUAAAAGCACCAGGGAGAGGGAGAGAAGAGAACUCAGCCCUGGGAGUGACCCCCCCAGGCUCUUCCUGGAGUUUGCCUCACUGCUGGCCGCUGUCACCAUGCCAGCAGGCUGGGACCUUGGCUGCCCUGCGUACUUAGCUGGAGAAAUAGUCAGGACCGAGCACCCUUCUAGAGUCAGACUCAGACAUGAAGUCCCCAGUCAGGGCUGAGUUAAUAGUGAGUGAAUAUCUGUGCCAGGGUCUCGGGCUGUUUGUGCCAGGCAACAGUCUCAGCUGGCAUGCUGGCAUGCUGCCCUGUGUGCCCUUCCCUGGGUUACCUGCUCAUUACUUCUCUGAGACUUCUAGCUGCCAGGUGUUGCUGGGAGCAGUGGGAUGCUGACCCAGCUGGGGUCUGCCUCCGUUCCUGGAGAGGUGCCGCCACCUCAUCCCUGCUGUCCAGCCUGCCUGCUCACCUCAGAGGUGUGCCAGCCCCCCCUCAUUUCCAAUCCCCGUACCUAACCCCCAGUCAUCCUUCACCAGCUGACACCGCUCCCGUGGCGCCUCUCCAGCCCCUCAUGGCUCCUCGCUUCCUUCUUGUUGCUUGCUGGGGAAGGGUCAGCCUGCACCCUCUCCACGUCAGCCCCUCAGCUGAGGGACUGUGUUCCCCUCCCUCUCUCCCACUGAGUCUGUUUGCCCUUCCCGUCAACUCUGGGGGCAAAGCUAAGAAAUAUUGAGCUUGGGAGCAACUUUACUCUGGUGAAUUUGGUUAAUGUGAAUCAGUGCCUCAGGACUUUUGCUUCGUUCUUGGCACGAAACCACCCACUUGGCCUAACUACCUCCCCUGGCUGCCCGUUUUUCUCCCUCUUGUGGGCAUCACUCUGUCUCACCCUUCCUUCUUCUUCCCCAGGGAGGGGCUGUAUAUGGCAUGCAGGUGUAUUUCCAGGCAUUCCCAGCACUUGGCCACAAAGUGCCUUUUUCUAAUAAAAUCAGCUUCUUAUGCCAAUAUCCUGAUGUUGAAAGUAAACAUCUUCAAAAGGAUCCCUGUUUUUGAAAAAAAAAGUUGCACAAAGGCAGUUGGGGGAGCCCUGUCCAGGUCUGAAAUUUGGUUUCUGUCCUUGCUCCCUCCUCGUCUCCACAGACACCUAUCACCCCGGGGACAUCAGUGGCCUCGGGCUGAAAUCUGGUGACUGCUCAGUUCUGUGAGCAGUGCUCACGGGGCCCUCCUCACCUGCAUCCUUUCUCUGCACCUGGGCCAGAUCCUCACCUGCCACCUGAAACCUGGGCGUUCCUGAGGGUUUCAUCCUUCUCCUGGCUGGGUCUUCUGAAUGAGGCUUGAAUCUGCAGUCCAGUGGCUUCAGCCCUGUUUUUCUUGUAAUCCCUUGGCUUGUCUAGUGAGCUGCCAGACGCUUUCACCUAAAUAUCUGUCAGUCCCUCUAUAGCUGUGGUUCCUUAAAUUUUCUCCACACUCACAAAAACAAAAAACACACCCAGUGAAAAGGCCACCACGGUUUGCCUAUUUCUGUUAAUGACACCACCAUCUUCCUACCGUCCUGAGCCUGAAUUUCAGAGCCACCCAGUACCUGCUUUCCCCUGGGACUGCCCCUCUCCCUUCUGCAGUUCAGUGCAGUUACAGUGUGUCCAAAAUCUGGCCUGUGUUGCUCAUCCUCAGCUCCAGUAGCCUGGCUUAUACUACCCAGAGCUUCCCGUCCCUGGACACAUCAGUGCCCCGGCCAGUGUGACCUGCCACCCUUUCCAAUCCACGCAGCACCAACCCUGUUGCUUUGCCUUCAGUGACUCCCCCUGGCCUAGAGGUAGGAUGACACUUGAAGUACUUCUCUCUUCCACUCCUUUCUAGAGGCCUGGCGUUAACCCUUCAGUGGCAGGGCCACGGGGUAGUCCAGGGGACCUGCAGCAGGGAUGGGAGAGCACUUACGGAUCUCAGGACAGUAAGGGCAGAAGUAAAAGUGUGGGCGUCAGCUCCACCCUCGGACAAAGCCCCAAGUCCUUGGCCUUUUACCAUAGGUCCCGUCUGGCUUUCUGGCCCCCACACCCUGCACCUUCUUCCCGUGUACUGCUCCAAACAAACUGCUGGGUUUGCUCAUCUUGGAACUUGCCUUUGUUCAAAAUGUCCCACCUCUGCCUUUCCUUUCCUGGGCUCUGUGCAAUGGGGACAUUUUUCCCAUUUCCCUCUUACCAACUCAGUUGUGUCUGUCCUCAAGACUAAAUUCAUGGAAGCUGCCUCCCCAAAGCAGCCUCUCCUUUUGUGCGCUCUUUAUUCUAAACUCAUUGCAAUAUUAUUCUUUGAGCAACUCAUCAAGAACAACCUAUAACUUCUCUAUUAUAACCAUGAACUGUUACUUAGAGCUUUAGUGACCUGCACCUAUUUCGUCAGCCCAAUUGGUGUGUUACCUCCUGAGGGCCAGAAGGGACUGCAUCCCCUGCAGAACAGGGCACAGUCACUGAUUGCGCUGGUGGGAGCGGGGACCAAACUUCAAGGUGGGUAACUCCUGACCUCCCCUCUGCCAAGGCACACACCCCAAGGCCUCCACUGCUAGGGCCUACCCUCCUCAGCUCAGUGUCCUCAUGGUACCCGUGUCGUCUCAGUUAAUAUUUGUUACUGCUUUUGAUGUUCUCUGUCCCUGAAGAAACUUCCCUGUCCAGUUUCUUGCCCACUCGAAGUGUUAAAGUAGUUAAUCUUUUAAACUAACCUGUGCAGAGGUAGUUAUGGGAGCGAGAGGAGAAGCCCAGGAGACGUUCUUUCGACAGCUGUGUGGCAGAAACCCUGCCUUUGUGAUACUUUCACGGAGUCAGGCAUUGAGUGAUGGUUCUUACCUCCCAGCGGUGGAUGUAUUACUCCCUCCUCGGGCUCCCGCGGCACUUGUGUAUACCUCUCAUUGUAGCAAUAGCACAUUGUAGCUCUUAAUAUUAUGUGUUUAUGUAUGUUUCCCCUCUAGUAGACUGUGAGCUCCACAAGGACAGGGACUGUGUGUUAGACACUGUUAUAUCCACAGCGCCUAGCACAGUGCCUGGCACACAGUAGGUGCUCAAUAAAUGUUUAUCGAAAGGA